UUAGUCAUUUUCUUAACUCCUCCAAUUCCGGUAAACAUCAAAAAACAAACACACACACAUUUUUGGUGUAUGGUGAUUGUGCAAAAAAAAAAACAACUUUUUUUUUUAAUAGAAGAAAAAAGUAAUUUUGUUUAUCUUUUUUCCAAAAAACUCCAGCAACAUGAAAGUGUUCUUUGCUGUUGCGGCUCUUGUGGUCGUAGCAACUAAUGGUCAACUUUUCAAUGAUAUUCCGGAUUCAUCAGUUCCUCAUUAUUCAGCAAUAAUUAACGAGAGAGAACCUAAUGGUUAUCAUUAUGGAAAACCAUCGAAUCCAUUACCACUACCAAAUCAGCCAAAACCAGAAGGCUAUCACUAUGAAAAACCACAGAAUCCAUUACCUUUGCCAAAUAAACCAAAACCAGAAGUAAGAAAACCAGAAGGUUAUCAUUACAAUAGACCGCAAAAUCCACUCCCAUUGCCAAAUGAACCGAAACCAGAAGUGAGAAAACCAGAAGGAUAUCAUUAUGAGAAACCACAAAAUCCAUUACCUUUGCCAAAUGAACCAAAACCGGAAGUAAAGAAACCAGAAGGAUAUCAUUAUGAGAAACCACAAAAUCCACUCCCUUUGCCAAAUGAGCCGAAACCGGAAGUAAGGAAACCAGAAGGUUAUCAUUAUGAGAAACCACAAAAUCCACUACCUUUGCCAAAUGAGCCAAAACCGGAAGUGAGGAAACCAGAAGGAUAUCAUUAUGAGAAACCACAAAAUCCACUCCCUUUGCCAAAUGAGCCAAAACCGGAAGUGAGGAAACCAGAAGGAUAUCAUUAUGAGAAACCACAAAAUCCACUCCCUUUGCCAAAUGAGCCGAAACCGGAAGUAAGGAAACCAGAAGGUUAUCAUUAUGAGAAACCACAAAAUCCACUACCUUUGCCAAAUGAGCCAAAACCGGAAGUUAGAAAACCAGAAGGUUAUCACUACGAAAAACCACAAAAUCCACUACCUUUGCCAAAUGAGCCAAAACCGGAAGUUAGAAAACCAGAAGGUUAUCACUACGAAAGACCACAAAAUCCAUUACCUUUGCCAAAUGAGCCAAAACCGGAAGUGAGGAAACCAGAAGGAUAUCACUACGAAAAACCACAUAAUCCACUACCUUUGCCAAAUGAGCCAAAACCGGAAGUAAGGAAACCAGAAGGAUAUCAUUAUGAGAAACCACAAAAUCCACUACCUUUGCCAAAUGAGCCAAAACCGGAAGUCAGAAAACCAGACGGUUACCAAUAUCCAAUACCAUCGAAUCCGUUACAAUUACCAAAUACUUUCUAAUUCAUUUUUUUUUCUUAAUUAAAAAAAUAGAAAGAAUGAAUUUGUGAUUAUACCGAAAAAAGAUUUCAUACAUAAUUGUCACGAUAAAAUAGAUUUUAAAAUGAAGAUCAAAAUUUUUUUUUAGAACACAAAAAAUAAGUAAAUUUCAAAAAAAAAAAAAUUAGAAUGAAUUUACCAAAAAUAAAUAAAAUUUUGAAUUAGUAAAUAUAUUUUAUAUAAAAAUUGUCAUGUUUCUAAUGCCAUAUAUAAUUUUACAGGUACUGUAUAAGUA